UCAGGCGGCAUUCGACAUUCAGUCUUGAAUUCUCACAACAGUCGAGUGUAAUUCAGGUCUACGAAAGCAAGUUACGAAGAUGCCACCGAAAGCAAGUGGAAAAGCUGUGAAGAAAGCUGGUAAAGCUCAGAAGAAUAUUAGCAAGUCUGAUAAGAAAAAGAAGCGCAGGAGGAAGGAGAGCUAUGCCAUCUACAUCUACAAAGUGUUGAAGCAGGUCCAUCCAGAUACUGGUAUUUCCAGUAAAGCCAUGAGCAUCAUGAACAGUUUUGUAAAUGAUGUUUUUGAGCGUAUUGCUGCCGAAGCAUCGCGCUUGGCGCAUUACAACAAGAGGUCCACCAUCACAUCACGGGAAAUUCAAACUGCUGUCAGGCUUUUACUGCCUGGUGAAUUGGCUAAGCACGCUGUUUCUGAGGGUACUAAAGCUGUCACCAAGUACACCAGCUCGAAGUAAACAUUGCAGCAUCAUACAACAACAUAAUCAUCGGCCCUUUUCAGGGCCAACAAUUUUAUGACAACGUAAAACAUCUUGGUUAUAACUUGACAACUAUUUUGAUAACUCGCCCUGUAGAUUUUCGGAGUCAUUUUCUAGUAUUGUAAUAUAGUAAUAAAUAUAUUUAAAUAAUAAAUUGCACUUCUAUAUAUUUAUACGUAUGUUUAUUACUCAGCAUAGAAUUAAAUCUAGUGUAAAAUAACAUUCGUGUUUCAACGUUUUGUUUUAUUACAACAAAAAUUUAAGAAGUA